CGGCCUGUCGCCUGUCUUAUUCGCACGAGACAUCUGCGGAUCAUUCACGCGAAUAGAAAGGGUGGGAUGAAAGCUGAUAUAUCUCGACAGAUUCUGGUUGGGGCAAUGUAAUGCAAGAACUACUCCUUCAAGCACUGCUAGCAUAUCGAAUGAAGAGAACAUUUGUGUACUAUAAUUAUACAUGGCGGGAUGACGGUUCAACAAUCUCCUACUAUAAUGGCAAACCUAUACCCUCGACGAUACCCCUCUCUGCGCUCCUGCAAGGUCCGAUAUUGGGUACACCCUCCGUUAUCGAUCCUUCCGCAGCGCAUCCGUUCGCUGUCACAGAAGACUACUAUUACAGAGUAUGCCCGGAGAACGAGCGCAAGUACAUCCGUACGGAGGAAGUCUCAUCGCUACUUGGGACCACAUCCACUGCCGGCAACAUGAUUGAGAAGUGGGUAGAGGUCUUCGGUGAGCUCCCCGCCAAGUGCAUCGAGAUCCCGAGCGAUGCCCCGUCCAACUUCGACAUCUUCAUUUUCGGCGACGCCAGCCGGCUUCUAGACGUCUGGCCGAUCUUCUCUAAGUCGCCCAUCCUCCAAGAAUUCGCCUGGUCCCCGCUCGUCGAGCUCGCCUUCGACCAAAACCGGGAAGUCUUCGCGCCCACGUACGUCUACGUUCCGCCGCUGGGCACGUUGCCCAUGGCGCUGUCCGGCUCCACCGCGGUCUCGCCGAGCGCCGCGCGAUAUGCGCCGAUCCCGGGGCUGCUCGCGAUCCACCUGCGGCGCGGCGACUUCUCGGAGCACUGCACGAAUCUCGCGCGCUGGGGCUCGUCGUACGUGGGCCACAACGAGUUCCCGGAGCUCCCCGACAAAUUCCACUACCCGCCGGACACAAACGACGACGACCGGAUCGCCCUCCAGCGCCCGCACUGCUACCCGAGCAUACAGGAGGUCGUCGAGCGCGCUGUGGAGGAGCGCGCGGCGCAGCGCGCGAUCGGGCGGCCGGAGCUCGUGGAUGUGUAUUUCAUGACGAACGGCCCGAAGGAGUGGGUGGACGAGCUGACGGAGGCGGUGCGCGCGACGGGUGGCUGGAGGACGGUCGCGAGCAGUAGGGAUUUAGAGGUGAAUUGGGAGCAAAAGUUUGUGAAACAGGCGGUGGAUAUGUUGAUUGGACAGAGGGCGCAGGUGUUUGUGGGGAAUGGGUAUUCGAGCAUGUCGGGGCUCGUCACGAUGUUCAGGAUGGCAAACGGCAUCCCGCCGGGGCAAAAUCGCCUCCUCUGAGAUCUCAUCAUUACUCUCAUACGGGACUUUGCUUUGAAUGGGACUCGCUUAUUGGUGCUACGACUGUCGGGUCACGAAAGCUG